AUGCCUGCUUUGGUGAAAAAAUUCAAGGAAUCCGUUUUGAAUGAAUUUGUGCAAACCUACAAGGAUGUACGAAAUCAGAAAAUUACGGUGGGUCUUUUCUUUGCCGUUCUUUUUGUUGUCAUGGUGAUCAUUGGAAAUGUCCUUUGGCUGAUUGCGCAAAACUUUUGGUAUGCCACUCUUACAGAGACGAGCAGCGGCGGAAACUCUAUUUCACUUGCGAUUCUACUUAUUACUAUAUUAUUUAUUGAGGCCGUCUUCAUGUUGUUGGCGAUCGUGUUUGCCAUGGUAUAUGGGGUGAAGGAAAUGUGGCACGCUGUUGUCGACACAAACCGCAUGCGGGGGCCUCUUUAUCGUUUUGCCGUUCUGAUUGCGUCGGGAGUUCUCAAUGGCAGUAGUUCUGUACUUCAGGUGUACUCGUUUACCCACACACCCAUGCUCUUGCAGUCCAUACUUUUAUGCACCAUACCCCUCAGUGCGCAAGUAUGGACCCUAAUAUUCAUUCCGGAGGAGCGCAAGCGUGAUUACUUGUCUUUUUUCUUCAUUGUCUCAUUUAUUCUGCUGGUCGCUGGUAUUUUUAUUCCAAGCGCUAGUACCUUUAAGGAGGCCAGCGAGGACGAUGCGAAGGGUGUGAGCUUGGCUUGGACGUUCAUCUACUUUCUCAGCUGCGUUGUCUUCGGUUUAUGGUGUGUCACUCAGCGUCUUUACCUGGAUGCGCUGAUUGUAAAAGAGCCCAAGCCACAGAAUUCAUCUGAGAAUGUCGAUAAGACAACGCAACCCGCAGCCGAUGCUAGCGAGUCACCCUCGAGCCUCGCCAGUGAUGUGAUUCUUCUGGCCGAGAAACGUUCCUGGGGCCGCCAGAACGUGCGCGAGAUUUCGGGCAAACUGGUGUUGCUCGUCGGCAGCAUCCUAUUUCAGAUCAUCUUGGUGAUCGUAUUAAUUCCUAUUGAUGCUAUUCCAUGGUUUGGAACCUCAUCAUCCGCAUCAGAUGCCGCAAAAGGCUUCUCGGAAUCCUUCAAGCUUAUCUUCAGUUCAUGGCAUAAUAUUCGUUACGGGUUACUCACUUCGUUUGGAACCCUCCUGAGCUUUGUGGGGUGUACCUACUUGAACGAGGAAUCCCCGACACUGGCGUCUGUAGUACUACAAAUAGCCGGGCCAUUCACGUCACUCGUGAUUAUUGUCUUCCCACAGUGGAAUGUGUAUGGGGAUAAGGCUGAGCCGGGCUACAAGGUGGGCGGUGUGGUUCUCCUUUUCGUUGCUGCCUUUUUGUAUCAUAUGUGGGAGCAGAUCUCGUUGCAAAAGCUUCUUAAUCGUGUCCAUGAGCCAGAACGACAGAUGACGGAAGAGGCAUCUCCCAAGUAA